AUGGAUGUACCACGCGUAUAAUUCCACCUAAGGGUCGGUAAGAAGAAGCCACAGGCGCAGAGGGAGCAGGAUUAGUGCAGCACAUGGCCGUCCCUAUGUAACUGCCACCGGGCGGAUUAACCUUCGGCUUGGUCACGGACAAGCAAUAUCAUACAUGGGUGUCCGGAGCCUAUAUGGCGUUCCGUGAAGAUGGCUACCUGGUCCUGGAAGGACUUUUCAGCCAUGAAGAGUGCGAGUCUAUGAAGGAGGAGAUCAGGAGGAUAAUAUGGGACACGGACGUCCCCCCGCACUGCCGCACAGAGUUUUCUACACAGCAGGAAGAACAACUGAAAGCUCAGGGAAGCGCUGAUUAUUUCCUGCAUAGCGGGGACAAGAUCCGCUUCUUCUUUGAGAAAGGAGUGUUCAGUGACCAAGGUGACUUUCUGGUGGAAAGAGAAAAAUCUGUGAAUAAAAUAGGACAUGCUUUACACGCACAUAAUCCGGUAUAUAAAAGGGUUACGCACUCCCCAAAACUACAGGAGGUGGGUCGGCGGCUGGGCCUCGUGAAGCCUGUGAUAGUGCAGAGCAUGUAUAUAUUUAAGCAACCUAACAUUGGAGGGGAAGUGACCCCGCACCAAGAUGCCACCUUCCUGCACACGGAGCCUCUCGGUCGGAUGGUAGGGUUCUGGAUCGCGGUAGAAGAUGCUAAUGAAGACAAUGGCUGCCUGCGGUUUAUUCCAGGUUCACACCGGGCUGGAAUAUCGCGUUGUAUGGUGCGCACACCGCCAGGCUCCAUACCCUGCACGGCGUUCGUUGGGGAAGAGCCCAUCUACAGCGAUGACCAGUUUGUUCCAGCCCCGGUGCCCGAAGGAGGACUAGUUCUGAUCCACGGAGAAGUUGUGCACAAAAGUGAUCUGAACACUUCACCGAACUCUCGUCACGCCUACUCCUUCCAUGUCAUGGAGUCCCAGAAUACGACCUGGAGUCCGGAGAACUGGUUACAACCAAGCCAAGAACUCCCCUUUCCAUCCUUAUACACAUGAGAAGAGCCAGCGAUGAGAACUUGAUGUGUCGUCCUUCUCCUUCAUCUGUAUAACCAUAGUAAUGAUCAGGUCCCCGCUCCUCCUAUUCCUGACUUUCUGGUCCUGCUCAGCCCACAGGAUACAACCGCUCGGCCAAUCACUGGCGGAAGCAAGUCACCAGUGCGGCCAGUGAUUGGCUGAGUAGUCAUUUCCCGCGUGAUGAGAGGUAUAAGGAAGUACUGACUGCCCGAGUGUAACAGCCGCUGCAGUACGCCACUGUUCCCCUGCGCUCAGCGAUGAUUCUUCUGUCCGCCGCUGCAGUCCUGGACUCUGUUGCUGAGGAUUCCGCUCCACGGGUUCCAUUCAGCCCUGGCCACAGCAUGCUUUUGUUGUUGGUGUCUGGGGGUGUCAUGCGUCACUCCCUGGGCUGCAGGGGUUGGGUCAGUGUGACCUCACUGACCAACCCAGGCUCCCCGGCAAGUAUUAAGGUGGCUCGGCCCCUGCCCAGGUUCCUCAGUGUCAAGGUCCUUGUGCUUGCUAAGUUCCUGAUACUCACGUGUGCUCCUGAUUUACGCUUCUUUCCUGGACUCUGCUUCUCGUCUGUUCCCUGCCUGCUUGCAUUGACUCUCCUGUUGCAGAGCUGGAUUGCCUGCUCUGACUACGCCUCUGCUUCCUCCUUGAUCCUGCACUGUGUGCUCCUGGUAAUGACCACGCCUGCCUGACUACGCUGUACUGCUGGUACCUACUCAGGUAUCUCCUGGACCAGCUGCCUCUGACUCGGGGACUGCUCUGGAGUAGCUCCUGGCAACUACCCUAACGGCUCAAGUCUAUCCUCACCAUCUGAGGCUCUAGUGAAAACCAGGUAGUUGCUUAGACAUGCCCCUCCAGAGUAUAGCCAGUCAGUGGCACAGUGGGUUCACACCCGCUGAUCCGUAACACAGAGGAACAGAAAGCAUUGUAAUGGGAGCAGGGAUUGGUAAGAUUUUAUUUUUAGCAUUUCACACCUUUCUGAGCUGUUUUUUUAACAAAAUAUUGAAAAAUCGACCAGACAACCCCAAGCAACUUCCUUGAUCGUCUUCAAUAAAGAUUUCCUACCA